ACCCACACAGUGAUUCAUACACAACAAAAUGGUGUCUUGAUUGUCUUGACAUCGUCUCGCGCUCUUAAAAUUGGCACGACAAUCUUUCGAUUUACCGUGGCUUGCGGUUUUUUGUCUAAAUUCUGGUAAUUUUAGCAUGAUUUCAAUGGAAGGCUACAGAGGCAGACAGAUAUUCUGCCUAUUCCUGACGUGGCUUAGCUACGCGUCGACUUAUUUGCUUCGGAAACCCCUGGGAGUGGUCAAGGCUGAUCUGGCCAAUAUUUACCAAUUAUCAAGAACAGAGCUGGGUUUUCUGGAUACAGCUCUUCUAUUACCUUAUGCUUUCAUGCAGAUUGCUUUAGCAUCUUUUGGUGACAAAUAUGGACCUCGAAGAGCAUUGGCUGCUUGUCUGUUAGGCUCAGCCUUAUCAAUGAUUUCGUUUGGUUACUGGAAGAGCAUAUUCAUAUUUGCCAUACUCCUUUUUUUGAAUGGAACAGCACAGUCCACAGCUUGGCCAAACUGUGUGAAGUCACUGACCAACUGGUUUUCUGACCAACAAAGGACAACUGUAUUUGGUUUGUUUGGCACCAGUAGCUUUGCAGGAGGAAUCUUGGGGACAGCAAUGGCUGUUCAGUUGCAAGCUAUGUAUACUCCAGAUAUGAAGAUGAUCUUUAUGAUUCCCUCUUUAAUUGUGGGUGGUGUUGGUGUCUUAGUGUAUUUGUUUCUUAACUCUCCCUCAGAACUUGCAGGGAGUUCAGAAUCUACUGCAGAAGUAGCUGACACCUCUGCUAAAACAGCAACAACAACUACAGCCAAACAGAAUCAGCUAACCUACCAACAACUUUGGAGUUUAAAAAUGGUUCCCGAGCUCUGCUGGGCAAGCUGCUGUGUGAAGUUAGUCCGAUACUGUAUGUACAUGUGGCUGCCUAUGUACCUUUACCAAGCGCUUAACUAUACUAAGGUCCAGGCAGGUUAUUUGUCAACGGUAUUUGAAAUUGGAGGAGUCCUGGGGACAGCCAUGUUAGGCGUCUUUGUGAAAAGAUUCCUCCAAGGCCGAGCCAUAUAUGGUGUUACCCUGGCUCUAUUUGGCAGUACUCUAUUCAUGGCUUUGUUUCAAUACACGGGUCACAUGGGACUCACGGUCAAUGCGCUCUUCAUGUUCAUGGCUGGAGCGUGUAACUGUGGCGUUGAUCCGUACUUGACUGGAUCAAUCCCUGCCGAGAUUGGAGAGCGAGAGAAUGCACAGGCAGCUGCUUCAGGACUUGUGAACGGUUUUGGCGGAUUAGGUCCCAUAAUUGAAGGUCCCAUCGUAGGGUGGAUCGCGGACGCGUACGGCUGGACAGGGCCCUUUUACCUGAUGGUGGGUAUGUCACUUCUAGGAUCCGUCACUAUGCUGAGAGCGUCCAGGAUCGACCAGUCCAUAAAACAGGCACAGUUCAUGGGGACAAUAACAUCAGAAACUGCGUGAUACUGUUUUGAAGCGGGAACAAGACGAACAAUAGUGUACUGUUUGAAGCUUGAUCAUUUUAAAAGAGAGGCAUUCUCAGACUGAAAUACGAAGGGUUUCAAAAUGCCUGUUAAGCGAAAUUCCGUGCUUAUAGAGUUGAGCUAGAAACGAGUAUCAGUCAGUAAAGAUACGUCCAUGGACAACAGGCAGAUUUGAAUCGGCUGUGGUCGUUUGUUGCCCUGGUUACUGCAGUUCUUCCCGCGCUUUUUCUGGUCACAGAAAAAGCCUUCCAGAUUCCUCCACAAAAGCGCGCUAAAAAGAGCUCUGGUACUCAGGCUACUAAAGGUUUCGUCGGCGCGCUUUCGUGGACUGGUUGCCCGGUGGGGUACUCCCAGAAGCAAUAUGGGUAUGUGCCGCUGUGAAGGGUAUGGUUUUCAGGCAGUUUAGUCUGGGAUGGG